GGUUUGGCCAAGGUGACUCUGGGGGAGCUUUGCUGGCUUGAAGUUGCCCCCUUUUUUUCUAUUUAAGCAACGCGAAGAGGGGAAUUCACGCGGUGCCAUCAUGAUCCUGCGGCAGAUCUUGCGGCUUUCCUCCCUUUUCCGCUCCGCUGUGUCCGUUCACGUGCGCAGGAACAUCGGGCUCUCGGCCAUUGUCUUCAACAAGACAAAAGAACUCGACCCGGUCCAGAAGCUCUUCGUGGACAAGAUCAGAGAGUACAACACGAAGAGCAAGCAAGCUGGAGGGCCUGUUGAUGCAGGACCCGAGUUUCAGAAGGACAUGAAUGAAUCCCUUGCAAGACUCCAACGGGCUUAUGGUGAGGGAGAUCUCACCAAGUUUCCAGAAUUUAAAUUUGAGGAGCCCAAGUUUGAGGAGGCUCCGAAGUGAUCUCAGCAGCUUGUACACCGACCAGAAGUGAACAGCCAUGGAGUUGCUGAACAUGGCACCAGUUGUAAUUUAAUAAAUGCAAUGCUUCAGUUUGAUCUCA